AUGAAGGCUGCUGAAGGACAACAGAGUCAAAGCUGGAAUAAUGGUAGCACCUUCCCUGGGCUAAAUAGAGAGCAACCUUCUUCACAAUAUCAAGAGAACACUGCUAUGAAUGAGAGUCCAUUUCCAAACAGAGAUUCACCUGGCUUAGCAAUUAACCCCUUGCCUUUUGACCAGGAGGAUAUGGAGCCAGAACAAAUAGAACAAGGACAUCUCAUUACUAGCCCUGUGAUGAUGCAAGCUGAAGGAGGAAGGCAAGUGUCAGGGGUUCCCAGGAAAACUUGGAGGAGAUCUGGCAACAGAUUGGUAGGCUUCCGAGAACCAAGGCAGCUAUACCAGUGGAUAACACUGGAGGCCAAGAACUGCCACUUACAGGGCAUCAAUACACCUGGGCUAACAACAGAGAGGGGGGAGUGGCUGGAAGGGAUAGAAGGAUUGAAAUGUUAG